AUGUCUUCAACUUUUUUAUUCAUUUUUAUAGAAGAAACAGAAAUAGCCGGUCCAUCCAACCGGACUCCUGAAGAAUGUACAGCAAAAACCAAAGAACCCAACGAUGUCGAAGCUGAAACAUCAAAUCAAUCAUCUCAAGAAUGUACAAAAAAUGAAAAAUCUAAUGAUGCUAAAAGUAAAGGUGGACCAGAAACAGACAGUAGGGAAAAAUUCCAUGAUGAAAUGCAGUGUUCUAUAUGUUCUGAAAUGUUUGUCAAAGCAGUAACAUUGAACUGUUCACACACUUUUUGCAAAUUUUGUAUUGAAGCUUGGAGGAAAAAGAAGGACAUCUGUCCAAUCUGUAGAUCGAAAAUAACAUCAAUUUCCCCAACGUUAGUACUGGACAAUAUUAUAGAAAUGGAGAUACAAAAUUCCUCAGAAGAAGUCAAACAACAUAGAAAGGAGUUAUUGGAAGAAAGAAAAAAAUGUGUAGAACCACAAUCAAAACAUAAAGAAAAGGAAAUCCCAAAUAGAGGAAGACCGAAUAACCUGAGUGUAAUAGAGUUAUCCUCAGAUGACUCCGACAGUGAUCUAACUUCUGAAGCAGAUUGGAGUGAAGAAUAUGAUGAAGAUAACUGGUAUGAAGAAAAUACGACUGGUUACCCAGGGGCUUAUUAUGGUGGAUAUGGACACUGUUAUAGCUGUGGAAGGAGAGGACACUGGGCUAAUGGAUGUCCUUUUAGAUAACAAGUUUGUUUCUAUGUGUAAUUAUAGCAAAAUGUGAAUACCUGUAGAGUUAUAGUGUGAUAGUCGAAAAUCUCUGUCAUGAAAUUUUGUCAGAAUCGGAAGUAAUCAUCAGACUAUUUAUAUUUCUGUACAUUUCAGUGUCAUCUGUGAAUAGUAUUAUUUACUUUUAUAUUUUUGUAAAAUACAUCAUCUUUCAAAACA